UCCCCGCCAGGAGCGUCCUGUGCAUCAGGCCUCAAGCAGUAUUGUAUGCGUGAGAGCCACGGAUUGUACAGGGUGUAGACGCCUUCCACGGGUCCCCAUACUUCUUCGAGCAUGGCGUGUGGUCCCUCCCUUGAUGACCGCGCGGUAAGCAGACUGAGUAGCCAGUAAAGCAGCGACAGGGCUGCGUAUCCGCCUUAUCUAGCACAUGACAGAGGUGAUGCAUGGGGCGUCCUACGUACCUGUACUUGGCCGGGGCCACGCUCUCUUCUCGUUGAGCCAUCAGAUGCGACGAUUUCUUUUCCUUCCGUUCUCUCCUCGAUUAUGUACGGCGUCUAGCCUUGGGGACUGCUUCUGGCACGUGUGGAGACAGCGCGCGUUUUCGCGCUCUCAAACUCGCAAACUCAAGGGCCAGACUGAGAGGAGAAGCGGCCAACGGAGACAGCAUCACUUAGGAUCCAAUCAAAGCAGUCCUCACCAUGGAAGACCGCAAGCUUAGCACUGUGUCAGCCAGCGGGCGGAAGAGGAGUGUUGCCGAAGAGCCGGUCACCUCUGUUCUUAAGGGCGGUGACAUUCCUAUCAACGACUCAGGCGAAGAGUGGUCGGCAGACGAGGAAGUAUUGGCCGCGUUGGGAUACAAGCCCGAGUUCAAGAGAGAAUUUAGCUUGUGGACCACCUUCUGCGUUAGCUUUGCCGUGCUCGGACUACUACCCAGCUUCGCCACGACGCUUUACUAUGGCAUGGGCUACGCUGGCACGGGCGGAAUGACCUGGGGCUGGUUGAUUGCUAUGAUCGGCAUCCAAUCGGUGGCGGCAUCAAUGGCGGAACUGUGCAGCUCGAUGCCGACGAGUGGUGGGCUGUACUACGCGGCCGCUGUACUGGCACCACCAGGCUGGGGCCCAUUCGCCGCAUGGAUGACGGGCUGGAGCAACUGGAUGGGCCAGGUGACUGGCGCGCCGUCCGUCAACUACGGAACAGCGUCGAUGAUUCUGGCUGCGGCGAGCAUUCAGAAUCCAAGCUACGUCCCGACCGACUGGCACGUAUUCCUGCUGACGAUAUUCCUGAUGCUCAUCCACGGAUGCAUGGCCUCUCUACCGACUCGCUGGAUCGCACGUGUGAAUAGUGCCGGCUCCACGUUCAACAUCAUUGCUCUUGUGGCAGUGAUUAUUAUCAUUCCGGCCGCUUGUAAUCGUACAGCACAAGGACUCUCGAAGUUUACACCGUCAAGCGAAGUAUGGGGAACCAUAUAUCAGGGCACCGACUAUCCACCAGGCGUGUCAGUACUGAUGUCCUUCAUCGGUGUGAUUUGGACUAUGUCUGGUUAUGAUAGCCCAUUCCAUUUGGCGGAAGAGUGCAGUAACGCCAACAUUGCGAGUCCCCGAGCUAUCUUCCUUACGAGCGCCGUCGGUGGUGUCUUCGGCUGGUUCCUGCAACUCGUAGUGGCUUAUACAGUCGUCGAUAUCGGCGCAGCGCUCACAAGCGAUCUCGGCCAGCCUUUCGCUGCCUAUCUGAUCCAGGUACUUCCGCAAAAGACGGUACUUGCUGUGCUCUCCCUCACCAUUAUUGCCGGCUUUGCUAUGGGACAAGGUUGCAUGAUCGCUGCGUCAAGAGUGACAUUUGCCUAUGCUCGCGACGGAUGCUUCCCUCUCUCCAAAUACUGGAAGCAUGUCAACACUGUCACACGAACGCCUGUCAAUGCCGUUUGGUUCAAUAAUCUUAUUGGCGAUUUGUUACUACUACUUAUCUUCGGUGGCACACUUACGAUCGGUGCCAUCUUCAGCAUCGGAGCUUGUGCCGCUUUCGUUGCAUUCACAACGCCCAUCUUUAUCCGUGUUUUCUUCGUUGGCAACCGCUUCCGUCCUGGGCCUUGGAACCUGGGCCGGCUCAGCAUACCUAUUGGCGCGAUUGCCAGCGCGUUCGUAGCGCUGAUGGUCCCUAUACUCUGUCUGCCGAGCGUGACUGGAAGCGAUUUGACAGUUUCGACGAUGAAUUGGACGGUUGUCGUGUACGGAGGGCCGAUGCUCGUCGUGCUCAUCUGGUGGUUCGUGGAUGCUCGCAAGUGGUUUAAAGGGCCAAAGGUCAACCUUGAGCAUCUUAUGCACGGUCGCGAAGAACAAGCAGCGCAGCUAGCGGCGGAAUCGGAAGUUCUCGAAGGAAAGGAACUUGAUCGGUCGAGCAGCAGCAGUCAAGUGCCUGGCGAGCUCCCUCCGGGAAAGCAAGUGGGCGACGUGAAGCCGAACGGAUUGUAGACAUUUCGAUUGCCGUAAUUAGUUUGGCAGUGGACAGUGUCCACAAGCAGACAGAUCCGC